CGUAAUCACUGGCGAAAGAUGGCGGCGACUCAGGGUGUUCAUGUCAGGAUCUGUGCGCAGGAGAUCAUCAAAUACGAUCUGGAAAUCAAGGCGUUGGUGCAGGAUAUCAGAGACAGUCCUGGACCUUUGAGUUUACUCACAGAAUUAAAUGCUAAAGUGAAAGAAAUGUUUCAGCAACUCCGACUUCGAAUACAGGAUCUAGAACAGAUGGCAAAAGAACAAGACAAAGAAUCUGAUAAACAAACUCUGCUGGUCGAAGUGGAGAAUCAUCGCAAGCAGAUGCUAAGCAACCAAACAUCUUGGCGAAAAGCAAACCUGGCUUGCAAGCUUGCUAUAGACAAUUAUGAAAAAGAUGAAUUGCUGCAAAGUGGAGAUUCUUCAAUUCGGCAACGAAAGAUGACGAAGGAAGGCUUGGUACAGACUGCAAGCAGCAUUACAGAGAGUCUGAUGAGUAUCAGUAGGAUGAUGUCACAACAGGUGCAGCAGAGUGAAGAGUCGGUGCAGACAUUAGCAACAUCCUCAAGGACUGUUCAGGAGACAAAUGAAGAAUUUAAAAACAUGACUGGCACCAUUCAGCUGGGGCGCAAGCUGAUCACAAAGUACAAUCGCAGAGAGUUGACUGACAAGCUACUUAUUUUCCUUGCAUUGGCUCUUUUUUUGGCAACUGUCGUAUAUAUUUUAAAGAAACGCCUGUUUCCUUUUUUAUAGAGCUGGAAUAAAAGGCACACAUCAAGUGGGAAUUGAAAUUGAGAAUACUUUUAAAUUAUCCAGGGCAUAAUGAAAUCAAUUCAGUUGUGAUAUUUGCAUGUGAAUUGGAAUGGAAACAGAUGAAGAAAACCUUGUAAAUAAUGUCUUAUUCUAUGUUCUAAUUGGAAUUAAUUGGGAAGUUAAAUGACCACCUGGAAGCUAAGCCUAACUGUUAGCAAUUUAAGAUAUUUUUUCUCCCUUUUCUUGAGCUGCGUGCUAUUACUAAAUUGACAGGAACAUCUAAUUAAGAGUUCACAUCUAUGGUUACCUUAUAAAAGCUAAAAUUUGAGAUACAACAAUUUUGUUAGCAAUAUCUAUUCCAUAAUAUGUAUCGUGGAGCCAGCUGAAUUUGAUUAGAUUCAAAAAAGACUGCUUACAUUUAACAAUUGAAAAAUAUUAUUCCAAGACCUGUUCACUCCUUCACAGUGUAAUUAAUAUCUUCAUAUUUGCCCAAAUGGGACCAAUUAUUUACCUUCAUUGCAGACCUUAUAUUAAUGCUAUAUAGAUCUAUUUUUGCAACCUCUGUUCAUAUUUAAUGUAAGAAUCUGGGUCUGUUAUUACAAUCGUUAAAAGCUUGGAGGUUUAAAGGUAUGAAAUAUCCAUUAGACAAUAUUUAAGUAAUAUGUGGACAACCAGAUUAAUCUUAUUUAGCUUGUACAUGUGAGGAGUAUUGGCUGGGGCAUACACUGCAAAUUGUUGGAGUAAAGCACUUAUAUUGCAAAUUGUCAAAAUAAAGCUUUAGAAAAAGCGUAA